GCACAGUGCUAAACGGGCUACCAGCGCGGCUGUAUCAGUGCAAUUAUACAACAAUAGUAAUUAAAUAAAAAAUAUUUUCCCAGGACUGCAGGCAAAAAGUGCAAGCAAUUAAUUAUACACAAUUAUAAGUAACUUGUAACAGCAGCCAAAAUGGCCUACAAAAGUGUUGUCGUGACUUGUGCCUUAUUUGCACUAUGUCUAAAUACACUGCAAAUCUAUUCUUGCCAAUCUGUAGAACAACGUUUCAAGUUCCCAAAUAGUGAUAUUUAUUUACGUUUGGUCCGCGCCACGCCACUACAGUAUCAAGUAAUGAAAGGUUCCAAGACACUACAAACUGUUUCGUUGGAGAACACAUCCAGCGAUAGUAAUCUGGAGUUGACAGAUACCGGUUCUUAUUCACUUAAAACAGCAGACACAGCCAUUACUUUUGAAUUGAUCGCCAACGAUGGUAAUAUUGUACAUAUUCGUGUGUCGCGCAGCGUACCCGCUGGUACGCAACCUAUUGAUUGUGUCGACCUGGAUACACCGCAUACGCAUUGGUAUGGCGGGCCAGAAUAUAAAGAUCACUACUGGCCCGUUGAGAAACAAACGCUGACGAAUUUCUCCUAUGUGACUAAGGAGCUGGAAAAUAUGGGCGUUGCUGAACGUUAUUGGCUUAAUACCAAGGGCGAUUUCUUUUACGUCGACGAUAAUACACCUCUUUUUAUCGAACUGAACUCCGUUGGUUACGAGAAUAAAUUAUGUUUCAGCGCAUUGAGUGCGCUGCCUUUCAAUCCACGCACGGAAAAAGUAACUUUCAUUUAUCAUAUUGGCUUUGCGCCUAAUGCAAAAGUGGCACAUAUGUACGCCGUGAACAAGUUCCUGAGUCAUCCCACUGAUUACCCGGAUGAGCGCAUGGUGGCACUUCCCAUCUGGUCCACUUGGGCACUUUAUAAGAGAGAUAUAAACGAUUCCGUUGUGCGCGAGUUCGCCGAUGAAAUCAUAAAUAAGGGUUUCAACAAUAGUCAAUUCGAAAUCGAUGAUGAUUGGGAGGAUUGCUAUGGUGCAUUGACGAUCCGUAAAUCGAAAUUUCCCGAUAUGAAGAAACUGACAGAUGACUUAAAGGCGAAAGGCUUUCGGGUCACGCUGUGGAUUCAUCCGUUCAUCAAUAAAAACUGCGAACCCAUUUAUAGUGAGUCUCUCAACAAGAGCUACUUAAUCCUUGAUCAUAAUGGCAAUCCCGAUACGCAAUGGUGGAACAGCGGCGAAAAGGAGUCUGCUUAUGUUGACUUUACAAAACCGGAAGUACGCACUUGGUUCAGUGACCGUUUGAAAAAAUUGCAGGACGAAGGCAUUGACAGUUUCAAAUUCGACGCAGGCGAGACAAGUUGGAUGCCAGAAGAUCCAGUACUGCAGGGAGACUUAAGCCUCUCGCCAACACAAAUGACACGCGACUAUCUGCGUACCGUAGCGGCUUUCGGUCCCCUAGUGGAAGUACGUUCCGCUCAGAAUACACAGGAUUUACCUAUUUUCGUACGUAUUGUCGAUAAGGACUCUGUAUGGGGUUGGAAUAACGGUUUAAUAACGCUCAUAACAACAUUACUGCAAAUGAAUUUGAACGGAUAUCCGUUCGUGCUGCCCGACAUGAUCGGCGGUAACGGAUAUGACGGCCCACCAACUAAAGAACUGUUUCUGCGUUGGCUGCAAGCAAAUGUUUUCAUGCCGAGCUUGCAAUUUUCAUACGUACCAUGGAACUUCGAUGAUGAGGCUAUUGAGAUCAGUAAAAAAUUUGUAAAAAUGCACGAAGAUUUCGCGCCUGAAAUUAUUAAACGCUUCAAACUAGCAACGGAAACAGGUGAACCCGUAAAUCUGCCACUCUGGUGGGCCGAUCCAAGCGACAAGGUUGCUCAAAGCGUAUAUGAUCAAUUUCUUCUUGGCGACGACAUCAUUUCUGCACCUGUUGUUCAAGAAGGUGCUAUCAAACGCGAUAUCUACUUGCCUAAAGGACAAUGGAAAGACGGCAAUACCAAUGAAGUACACAAUGGUCCUAAAUGGUUAAUGGCAUACAGUGCGCCUUUAGACAUUCUACCGUACUUUGUGCGCGUACAGGAUUAAAGUGUAGGCAGCAAUUAUUCUUAAUAUUAUAUAAAGAAAUGAUUUCUGAAUAAACUAAAUGCGUAAAUUUAAA